UUCAGCUGUAUAAUCAUUUUCAUCUCUGAUUUCGAAACCAAGAUCAACCUUCUUAAAUUUGCCCACUUCACGCUAGUAGUUUCACGCCAGUAUUCAGAUAAAGAUGCUGCUAUAAACUACCUAGAAGGUGUUAUUUCAAAGCUGCAUGAUACCAAGGAAUCACGGGUCGAAGAGCCCAUUCUGUAUGUGAAGAUGCAGAUUGCAAAUUAUCUUCUUGAGAAAGGGAGUCAAAAGGAGUGUAAGAAAUUGCUAGACGAGGGGAAAACCACUUUGGAUAGCAUGGUCGAUGUUGACCCAUCAGUGCAUUCGACCUACUAUUGGAUAUGUUCUCAGUACUACAAAGUCUGUCAGGACUAUUCUGAAUUUUACAAAAAUGCUCUUCUCUAUCUUGCAUACACAACAGUGGAGUCACUUUCAGAACCAUUCAAACAGAACUUGGCAUUUGACCUCUCACUUGCUGCUUUAUUGGGUGACAACAUAUACAACUUCGGGGAGUUGCUUGCCCAUCCAAUUAUCCAUAGCCUUGUGGGAACAGCGGUGGAGUGGAUUUAUCAUAUGUUGCAAGCCUUCAACUCUGGCAAUCUAGCCGCCUAUCAGGAACUCUGCAAAGUUCACGGCGCCGCCUUGGCUGCACAGCCUGCUUUGGCACAAAAUGAGAGCAGGCUAUUUGAGAAGAUCAAUAUCCUCUGCUUGAUGGAAAUCAUUUUCAGUCGAGCAUCUCAAGACCGUACAAUUCCGUUGAGCACAAUAGCUGAGCAAACCAGGCUAUCAGUUGAAGAUGUGGAGUAUCUGCUAAUGAAGAGCCUCUCUGCUCAUCUAAUCGAAGGCAUAAUCGAUGAGGUCGAUGGAACCGUCCACGUUUCGUGGGUGCAACCGAGGGUCCUUGGCAUCGACCAAGUGAAAUCCCUGCGUGACCGGCUGGACACCUGGGUCGGGAAGGUGCACACGACUGUGCUAUCUGUCGAAGCCGAGACGCCUGACUUGGUCUCUUCGUGAUGUUCCUGGGGUGCCCUGGUGAACGACGACGGCUGUGACCUUACGGAGUGAAAGAAAGAAUGAGGAACUUGAAAUUUGUAUUGAUUCUUAGGCUGCAGGCUCGCAAAACCUAGAAAGAUUUGUAAACGUUGAUCAGUGUCAUUUUGUUUUGGAUGUGUAACUCAACUGUACGUUCGGUCUUACUAAAAUUUGCUUCUGAUCCCCGAAGACCGAAGUGGAUUGGAAAACAGUUGUCA